UAUCUAUGAAGGGGCGGGGUCUGAGCCAUAGAUUUAAACCAUCAGUACUGCUUAAUGUAUAGCAUUGGACAACAGAGGAUAUUCACGGCUUUGUAUUAAAUAUCCACCAGUUCGGUGUCCAGGAUGAGUCGGUUCCUCGCAGUGCUGCGCAGUUGGCUCAUGAUGGUGGCUAUCAUUGCAGCUGGGAAUACAUUUCAGUGCUUCCAGGACUCCAGUUUCCUGAGAGAUAAAUUGUAUACGGGCAGACCAGGCCAGGUGAAUGGUCUCCAGGCGCGUACGUUUGGGGUGUGGACUCUGCUGUCCUCCAUUAUACGCAGUGCCUGCGCCAUCGAUAUCCGGAAUAAGACUCUCUAUUACAUCACUUUAGGGACCUUCGUCCUGGCAUUGGGUCACUUCCUGGCGGAGGUUUUCAUUUACCAGACUGCAGAGAUGACAAUAGGCAUCAUGGCUCCCCUAAUGGUCGCCAGUUUUUCCAUCCUGGGAAUGCUGAUUGGGUUGCAAUAUCUGGAAGUCAGUGAACCCAUCGCCUCCCUCAAUAAGAAGAAGAAUUGAUUACAGAUGGGCACACACACCAAGUGGAAUAACUAACUUUACAUGUCUGCGUCUUGUAUGCCGGCAAAAUAAGGACUUUUGAUUCAAUAAAAGGAGGUUUUAUUAAA